CGCGACCGGGGGAAUUCCCUGGCUGAUAUACAUACGGUGGAUUCUUGCGAGACGGACGAUCAUUCGAAGUUGUUAUUUCUGCCAGACUGGACGUGAAUAGCUGCUGUGUACGGAACGAUGGGGAGGAAUUCGCUGCUGCUAUUUGCUUGGUGUGCACUAUCAGUUUUGGGGUUGGUAGCGGCCCAAGCGGUGGUCGAAUGCUCGGAUGAACCCGUCUGCAAAAAUUUGAAAGUGCUGGCGCAUCAGCGCCAGGAUAUCGAGAAAGUUGUCCGUGAUCACCCAGCGGUUCAGGAACUUGAUUUGAGCGGUAAUUUGUUGAAAGAAAUGCCGAGCAGUGCUUUACAGAGCGCUUACCAGUUGCGAUCGCUGAAUUUAUCCUUCAAUUUGCUCGAAGAGGAUGUGCUAAGAGAUGUCAGGAAUUCUCCGCUGCAAAAUGUUGAUUUGACGUACAAUCAGCUAACGGUGCUCACAGUGCCUGCAACCGUGAUAACGUUGCGAGCAGUUCGUAACCGGCUCGUGCGAAUAUUUGCCCAACAAAAUCGCGGUUUGAGAGAGCUAUUCCUAUCCAUGAAUCAUUUCGACAGCAUGGAUGGUUUCAGAGACUUGAAUUCGUUGACCAGCCUAGAUCUUUCGUGCAAUCGGAUUAGAGAGGUGAGCUUGGAUAUGCUAUCAAGGAUGGGUUCACUCGUUUAUCUGAACCUAGCGAACAAUCACAUUCAUGCCCUGUCCGGAUCGGGAAGUUUACCGAGGCUUGAAUAUUUCGAUGUAUCCAACAACCUCCUCACGUUUCCAGAUAUUAGUGGUAUGCCUAGUAUGAAAGAGUUGUACAUUCAGAACAAUAAGAUUGUGAUGUUAACCCAGGCUCCGGUGAUGCAAAAUUUGAAGGUAAUUGAUGUUGGUGGUAACGACUGGGACUGCACGAAUUUAAAGAGUCUGCUCGGUGCUAAUCCUCGGGCCAGACCGAAGACAGACCUCUUGAAGUGCCCGCAGACUUCCUACAACAACAUAUGUUGUUCAACGUCCAAAAUCCCCUUCGCUGAUCGGUUGAUCAGUUACCACAAAAAAGAAUUCUACGUUUUGAGAGAGGGCACGGAACGACGUCAAAAAGGCUACAGCUGCGAUGACUACACACCAAGCGUUUGCGAUGGGGACGACAAUCUGGUAUACAAAGUGGCCGGAGCUGCCGUGCAGGAUGUCAACUUACUAGCCAAAGGUAGUGAACAGAGACUCUUAGCAGAGCUUCAAAGGAAGAAAAACCUUCUCAAUACGGCGAACAACAGCUAUCAGGUCUACCUCAGAGAAAACGAGCUACUGGCAACAUCGGUAAACGAGUUAAAUGAUUUCAUCCAAGAGAAGUACACCCACGCAGGACUAUCGGCGCCGGGCGAAUCGUUGGCCAAACUGAAGGCAUUGCUGGCACAAUAUGAGGCUAAUCACAGUGAACUGAAAAAGCUAAUUGAUGCGGAGGAAAGCAAACAUAAGGAUCAACUGCGCGAGGUUACAGAGGUCCAGGGAGAGCUGGGAGAUUUGCACUACCGGGAGGAGAUCCAACAGAAAGAGUUCAACAAACGAAACGCCACUGUCACCGGUUAUCAGACCAGAAUCAAUGAGAUACGGAAGCGCUUGAACGGAGCGAAACCCUAACUGAGUUCGAUCAUUGCGUUGUAUCUUAUGCGAGAUCCAAAAUAUAUACUCCUUGUAGUAGCUAGGAAGUGAAAUUUAAAUUGAAAUAAAAUAUAAUGCCAAUGAA